AUGUUUGGGCUCAAGCUGAAGAAGAAGAAGAAGAAAGCAGAAAAGGGGUUAAUCCUAGCCAAUAAGGCUGCUCCAGAUGGCCAGAGUGAAGCAGAGGCACCACAGGAGGGGCCUUCUCACCAGAAAGGACCAGGAGGAGAUUUUAUUCAUGAUCAUGAAUCUGUCGCUCCUAUCCCUUCAACUCCUCCAAAGAGAAGAUCAAAACUGUUGACUAAGAUCCAUGAUGGGGAGGUCAGGUCCCAAAACUAUCAAAUUGCCAUCACCAUCACUGAGGCCCGCCAGCUGGUGGGUGAGAACCUUGAUCCAGUUGUGAUCAUUGAGGUCGGGGAUGAGAAGAAGCAAAGCACAGUGAAGGAAGGAACCAACAGCCCAUUUUACAAUGAAUACUUUGUCUUUGACUUCAUUGGACCCCAACUGCAUCUUUUUGACAAGAUCAUCAAAAUCUCAGUUUUUCACCACAAGCUGAUAGGCAGCAUACUGAUUGGCUCCUUCAAAGUAGACCUGGGGACUGUGUACAACCAGCCUGGUCAUCAGUUCUGUGACAAGUGGGCCCUGCUCACAGACCCUGGCGACAUCAGGACUGGCACGAAGGGGUACCUGAAGUGUGACAUCACUGUGGCUGGGAAAGGCGACGUCUUGAAGACCAACCCCAAAACCUCUGAUGCCGAGGAGCAAAUAGAAAAGAACCUUUUGAUCCCUCAGGGGUUUCCAUCAGAGAGACCCUGGGCCAGAUUCUAUGUGAGACUCUACAAAGCAGAGGGGUUGCCCAAAAUGAACUCCAGCAUCAUGGCGAAUGUCACUAAAGCAUUUGUGGGUGACAAUAAGGACCUCGUGGACCCCUUUGUGGAGGUCUCCUUUGCUGGGCAGAUGGGGCGAACCACAGUGCAGAAGAACUGUGCCAAUCCCGUGUGGCACGAACAGGUGGUCUUCAAGGAAAUGUUCCCUCCUUUGUGUCGGAGGGUGAAAAUCCAGGUGUGGGACGAAGGCAGCGUGAAUGAUGUAGUGCUGGCCACCCAGUUCAUCGACCUGAAGAAAAUCUCCAACGAACAGGAUGGAGAUAAAGGCUUUCUACCAACCUUCGGACCUGCCUGGAUUAACCUGUACGGUUCACCCAGGAACCACAGCCUGAUGGACGACUACCAGGAACUGAAUGAAGGUUUUGGAGAAGGCGUGUCAUUCAGGGGCAGAAUCUUGGUGGAAAUUGCUGUGGAGAUCCUCUCGGGAGGGGCACAGGAAUCUAAAUUUUCCAAGGCACUCAAGGAGCUCAAAUUGUCUUCAAAGGACAAAGACUCCAAAUCUUCCAAAGGCUCCAGUAAAGACAAGGGUGACAAAACCAAUGAUGGAAAAUCCCAGCAGGUGUCAGACAAGACCAACUCAACAGAGGUAGAGGUGGAACCUUUUGAUGUUCCCCCUGAGAUUAUACCAGAAAAAUAUGAGGAAUUUUUACUUUUUGGAGCAUUUUUUGAAGCUACCAUGAUUGACCGGAAGAUUGGAGAUAAACCCAUUAGCUUUGAAGUUUCUAUCGGUAAUUUUGGGAAUCUGCUUGAUGGAGGGUCCCAUCAUGGGAGUAAGAAGUCAGCUGAAUCAGCUGAAGAAGACAGCCUCCCACUCCUGCCUGAAGGAGAAGGGGAUGCAGCCCACAAUGUUGUCAUCCCUACGGUCUCCACCACUCACCCAGAGAAGCCACUCGUGACAGAAGGAAACAGGAAUUACAACUAUUUGCCUUUUGAGGCCAAGAAGCCCUGUGUCUAUUUCAUCAGUUCUUGGGGAGACCAGACAUUUAGGCUGCACUGGUCCAACAUGCUGGAGAAAAUGGCGGACCUGCUGGAAGAAAGCAUAGAAGAAGUGAGAGAAUUGAUCAAGAUUUCAGAGAAAGCAUCAGAAGAGAAAAUGAAGUCGGUGCUCGGUGACUUCAUCAGUCAAAGCAGUGUCUUUAUCUCUGAAGCAGAGAAGAAACCCAAGGUGUUGAACCAAACCACCUUAGAUAAGAAACGACUUACGCUCUGUUGGCAGGAGCUGGAAGCAAUGGCCGGGGAGGCCAAGGGGAUCAUUCAGCAGCAGAAGAAAAAGUUCUCUCUUGAUGAAAUGAUCCAUGAAGCAGAAAACUUUGUGGAAAAAAUCCGCUUCCUCGUCGAUGAGCCACAGCACACCAUCCCCGACGUCUUCAUCUGGAUGCUUAGCAACAACAAGAAAGUGGCAUAUGCCCGCAUUGCCUCCAAAGACCUGCUCUAUUCCCCCAUCAGGGAGCAGAUGGGCAAACACUGUGGGAAGAUCAAAACUCAUUUCCUCAAACUUCCUGGAAAACGGCCAGCUGGUUGGUCAGUGCAAGCGAAAGUUGACGUGUACCUGUGGCUGGGCUCCACCAGACACUCCAGUGCCGUGUUGGACAACUUGCCAGUAGGCUAUGAACCAGAAAUGUCCUCCAAAGUGGCCGGCGCUGAUCAACCCCCAGCCAACCUGCUCUACCAAGUGCGUAGCUCAGUGAUGAAGAGUAUAGACGCCGGAGCCACAUUGUUUGGGUUCAGAUCCAAGCGCUUGAAGCAAAGCCCUCACGAUGAUGACCUUGUGUACACUUGCCGGAAGGUCAUUUCCCAGACCCUCUCCCCCACCUGGAACCAGAUGCUGCUAUUCAAUGACCUGGUGCUGCACGGGGACCAGAAAGAGCUGGUGGAGUCCCCGCCUUCGGUGGUGGUGGAGCUAUAUGACAGCGACGCCGUGGGGAAGCCAGAAUAUUUGGGUGCCACCGUGGCUGCUCCUGUUGUGAAGCUAGCUGACCAGGAGUAUGAGCCGCCCGGGCUGUGCUAUCACCCCAUCUUUUGUGGGAGCCUCUCCGGAGGGGACCUCCUCGCUGUAUUUGAACUGCUGCAGGUCCCAUCAUCUGGGCUGCAAGGGCUCCCUCCCAUUGACUCACCGGAUGUUGCCCAGAUCUACCCAGUUCCUGCCAACAUUCGGCCAGUGCUGAGUAAAUACCGAGUGGAGGUCCUCUUCUGGGGAGUCCGAGAAAUGAAGAAGGUGCAGCUGCUCUCCGUGGAUCGCCCUCAGGUCCUCAUCGAGUGUGGGGGACGAGGAGUCAAGUCCUGUGUGAUCCAGAGCUAUAAGAACAACCCGAACUUCAGCGUCCAGGCAGACGCUUUCGAAGUGGAGCUGCCUGAGAAUGAGCUUCUGCACCCGCCCUUGAGCAUCUGCGUGGUGGACUGGCGAGCUUUCGGGAGGAGCACCCUGGUGGGCACCUACACCAUCAACUGUUUGAAGCAGUUCUUGUGUAAAUCCAAGGAGCCCCCGGCCCUCACCUCCCAGGUGGAUGGAACCCAAGCUGAGCAAGCUCUUUCAGAUUCAUCAAUAACCACUGAGCCCUCUGGAUCCCUCAGCUUCCCCCAGGAGCUUCCAACAGAUCACAUUUAUGUGGAUAUUGAGCCACCUCCCACAGUGGUACCCAACUCUGCCCAGAAUCAACUAAGCAGCGUGGUUGACAUCCCUGACUCAUCUCCUGUGCUUGAGCCUGAACCCAAACCGGCAGCCCAGGAGCCACCCAAAGAUGGUAAAGCUAAGGAUGCCAGGAAACCUUCUCGAAGGUCAACCAAAAGGAGAAAGAGGACCAUAGCGGAUGAAUCUGCUGAAAACGUCAUUGACUGGUGGUCCAAAUAUUAUGCCUCCCUGAAGAAAGCACAGAAGGAAAAGGAGAGCAAUCCCAAGGAGAAAAGAGGCAAUGCAGAGGCAAAACCAGAUGAGGUAGUAGUAAAUAUAAAAGAUGGGCCAAAGAAGAAGAAGGACAAGAUGCUCAAGAAGAAACCCAAAGAAGACGAAAUCCCCAACCUGGCUGUCUUGCAGAUAUAUGAUGGUGAUCUCGAGAGUGAAUUCAACCAUUUUGAAGACUGGGUGAAAACCUUUGAGCUCUUCAGAGGCAAGUCUACAGAGGAUGACCAUGGCCUCGAUGGGGACCGAGUCAUAGGGAAGUUUAAGGGCUCCUUCUGCAUUUACAAGAGCCCCAAGGAUUCCAGCAUUGAGGACGGUGGGCAGCUGAGAAUCCAGCAAGGGGUUCCACCCAACCAUCCCGUCAAAGUCCUGAUCAGGGUGUACAUUGUUGCGGCAUUUAAUCUCAGCCCCGCUGAUCCAGAUGGCAAAGCAGAUCCCUACAUUGUGGUCAAGCUUGGCCAAACAGAAAUCAAAGACCGGGACAAAUACAUCCCUAAACAACUGAACCCAGUAUUUGGAAGGUCAUUUGAGAUUCAGGCCACAUUCCCAAAGGACUCCCUGCUCUCCAUCCUGAUCUACGACCAUGACCUGAUCGGGACAGAUGACCUCAUUGGAGAGACCAGGAUCGACCUGGAGAACCGUUUCUACAGCAGACACCGAGCUAUCUGUGGCUUGCAGAGCCAGUACGAGAUAGAAGGAUACAACGCCUGGAGAGACACAUCCAAACCCACUGAAAUCCUCACAAAGCUCUGCAAAGACAACAAGCUGGAUGGACCCUACUUUCAUCCUGGGAAAAUACAGAUAGGAAAUCAGGUCUUUUCUGGAAAAACAGUCUUCACGGAGGAGGACACGGAUGAGACAGUGGAGUCUUACGAGCACCUGGCCCUCAGGGUUUUACAGUCAUGGGAGGAUAUACCAGAGGUUGGGUGUAAGCUGGUUCCUGAGCACAUAGAAACUCGGCCGCUGUACCACAAGGAUAAGCCAGGCAUGGAGCAGGGCCGCCUGCAGAUGUGGGUGGACAUGUUUCCCAAAGAUAUGCCUCCACCUGGACCUCCUGUUGACAUUUCACCAAGGCAGCCUAAAGGGUAUGAAUUGAGAGUAACCAUCUGGAACACUGAAGAUGUCAUUUUAGAGGAUGAGAAUAUCUUCACAGGACAAAAAUCAAGUGAUAUUUACGUUAAAGGGUGGAUGAAGGGUCUGGAGGAUGACAAGCAGGAGACCGAUGUGCACUACAACUCCCUGACUGGCGAGGGGAACUUCAACUGGCGCUUCCUGUUUCCGUUUCAGUAUCUCCCAGCUGAGAAGCAAAUGGUCAUCACCAAGAGGGAGAACAUCUUUUCCUUAGAGAAGAUGGAGUGUAAGACACCAGCCGUGUUGGUGCUCCAGGUCUGGGAUUUUGAAAGGCUGUCUUCGGAUGACUUUCUGGGCUCCCUGGAAAUGAACCUCAAUAGUUUCCCCCGAGCAGCCAAGUCUGCCAAAGCCUGCGAUCUCACCAAGUUUGAAAAUGCAAGUGAGGAGAACAAGAUCUCCAUAUUUCAGCAAAAGCGUGUGCGGGGCUGGUGGCCUUUUACUAAAAGCAAGGAACUCACAGGCAAGGUUGAAGCUGAGUUCCACUUAGUGACAGCAGAAGAAGCAGAGAAAAAUCCUGUCGGAAAAGCCCGGAAGGAGCCAGAGCCCCUGGCCAAGCCCAACCGCCCAGACACCUCCUUCUCCUGGUUUGUGAGCCCCUUCAAAUGCCUAUACCACCUCAUCUGGAAGAAUUACAAAAAAUACAUCAUCAUCGGUUUCAUUCUGAUCAUCCUCAUCAUCUUCCUGGUCCUCUUCAUCUAUACCUUGCCUGGAGCCAUUAGCCAAAAGAUCGUCCGGGGCUCCUAGAGAAUCAUGGAGGACCGGGCCCUCCCGUCCCCACUAAUCCUCUCUUCUUCCUCAUCUCUGAUAUGGAAGAGCAGAUGCUCUGUGUAGGCACUGUGUUGGGUGCUAAGAGGAGGAACACAAAGGGCCCAAGAACCAGUCCCUCUGUCUAAGGACAGAUCAGCUCUUCUUGGAGGAAAGGGGAAAGGAGCCUCCCCUCCCGCUCCAACCCCUGCCACCACCUUGCACGCUCACAAGCUUUAAGCCAUGUUUUCGCCAAUGGACAGCAUGAAAUGAUGACUCCUUUGCCUCAGAGUAAUCAAUGGUGACCUCACAUUGACUUAGGUGAAUGUUUUCUUUAUUAAUUGGUUUUAUUCUUAGAGGUCUAAUGCUGGGUCUGAGAUUUAUUGGAAGUGCUUUCUUUUAAAUAAAAAUUUUACAGCAAAUAAA